AUGUUGCGCUCGAAUCGUGGCAAUCGCUUUCUCUGGCUGUUACUUUUACUGAAAUUGCUUGCUGUCAUGUCUCUAGUUGCUUACCUCUUCUUGAACGUGAAGAUUAUUGCAUAUCUCCCAAGCACCAGGACGCCCUCUCUGCGUGAAAGUGAUCCUCCAGGUAAUAUCGAUGCGGUCGCUCAUAUUCAAGCGGUUAGAGCUAGCGAAAAAGCCUGGUGGCUGCGACCAGAGACAUACCGAAGAAAGCAUGGCUGCGAUUUCUCGGCGGUGGUGGCACAAUUUAAGCCCGAAGAACUGGAGCUUAAUUGUGUCAAUAUGGACCAAUUAGAAAAGGGUGAGUUUUUGGGCAAAGGAUUUUGGAGAGAAGUAUGCAAGACCAAGUGGAAGGGACGGGAGGUAGCAGUGAAAUAUGUCAAGAAGAUUCACAUGAAUUGA